GCUGCGCGCGACGAUCGUUCGAUAUAUAAGACGCGCACGUGUUUCUAUACUUUCAGUGAACAUUAGACGAUUACUGUUCAUUAUUUAUUCACAAUUAUUAUCAUUCGAAUAUAUUCUAUUCGAUUGAUUUGUUUUAUAGAAAGAAAAAAAAAUAGAAGUAUUUAAUAAUAUUAUUUGAAGAAGGAGAAACUUUUUAACAUGUAGUAGUGUCGACUGGAAUCAUUUAAUUGACGAAUCAGUGCUCUCUUUGUCGGUAACAAAAUAGAAAAAGAGACCUUUAAAGCGGAAGUGUACUCAUGUAAGAAAGAUAUUGUCAUUGAACGAACCAGGAUGUUAGGUGUUUCUUGUACCAGUAUUGGCCUCGCACUUGUUCUACUAUUGGUAAUAAUAUGCACCUUAAACGAAGGUUUCAGAUAUAGAGCGAAAUUUCUGAUCUUUGGAUUAGAAUGUCUAGUUUAUACACUUAUUUAUUUGCCAUUUAUGUUUUUCAAUAUCAGAUCUUGGAAGAAUGCGUUGGUACCUGCAUGGCUUUUAAGUAAAUCAUCUUAUAAAGUAUUAGGAAUAGAUUACGAGGUACGUGGUAAAGAAAAUAUCGUUCGUGAUUCUGGUUGUAUCGUUUUGAUAAAUCAUCAGAGUAUGUUGGAUUUGGGAGUAUUGGCAGAAUUGUGGCUAGUUAUGGAUAGGUGUACGGUUAUAUCAAAGAAAGAAAUUUUAUAUUUUGGACCAUUUGGUCUUGCUGCAUGGCUAUGGGGUACAAUUUUUAUUGACAGAAAUAAUUCAAAUAAAUCGCGUGAUGCUAUCAAUUCAACGUGUCAAUAUAUACAAGAUUCUAAAAUGAAGGUAUUAUUUUUCCCAGAAGGCAAACGACAUAGCAAUAAUACAUUGAUACCUUUCAAAAAAGGACCUUUUCAUUUAGCUAUAACGUCACAAGUACCAAUUUUACCUGUGGUCGUAUCAAAAUAUUACUUCUUGCAUAGUAAAUCAAAGAAAUUUAAUUCUGGUACUAGCUAUAUUACAAUUUUACCACCAAUUUCAACAAAAAACAUGACCAAAGAUAACAUACAAGAAUUAAUGGAUAAAUCUUACGAAGCUAUGAAUACAGCGUUCGUUCAAAGCUCACAAGAGGCUCUUACAAAACACAUGGAGUGUUUACAGAAUGAUUAACGGAGAAUUCAAUUACAUACUUUAUACUUGAGACAUUCUCAAUAACAUUUCAUUUUUAUAUUCACAAAUCUCUUCCGAUUGCAUAAAAGGAGUAGAAUUAAUGAUGAACGAUAUUAUAUAUUUGGAUAUAUAUAUAUAUCGGAUAAUGUACCUGCACGAGAAAAUAUCACUCCUUUAUUUUUUAUCAAUUAAUUAAAUUAUAUUGUUAAGAAAUUUUUAUUAUUAUAAAAAUUAUAUUAAAAAUGUUAAUAUGAAAAUCUAUUUAAAAAAAAAAAAAAAAAAAUCACGAAUGUUGUUCAAAUAACGUUGAUUCAUAAUUUGAACGUUGUUUAAUAAUUCCAUAAAUUGUUUCUUUAUAAUAAAAAAAAAAAGAAGAAAGAAAUCUAUGAAAUAAUGUGUGAUAAAAUAUAAUAAUAAUAAUAAUAUAUGAAAAGUUAUACGCUUAGAAAGACAUCUUGCUUUAAAUAGGGGAGAAAUAUUUAUCUAUCGAUCCGUCUUCUGAAAAUAGUCUUAUCAUAUUAUGGUGUUAUUAUUAUUACAAUCUAUCGGCGAAAGUAGUAAGAGCGUUAAUAAUAUGUUAUGCCUUCAAUAUGUGAAUUUUGAUAUUUAUAAAAUAUCCUAUUAUUCGUUUGAAAGAAAGGAUGAUGACGAUGAUAAUAAUAUUAGAACCGGUGUUGUUAUUAUAUCGAUGAUAUUGAGAGUAAAUAUUUUUAAAAUGUCAA